AUCUUCCACACCAUACUGUGAGGGGAGAAAUUCCAUGGAAUCAUAGAGGGCAAUGAAAAAAACCCAAGUUGGACAGUAUUCCCAGGGGAGUUUACACAUGUUAUCUCUGGUAUCUUGAUGUUGAAAGAGAGGUGAUAGAGAGAGGUAUUGAGUGGGAGUAGAAAGCAUGAUCAGUCUUCAAAAGCAGUUGCUGAGGACAGAAUGCAGAGAAGCACAGAACUCAACAUCAGCCAUUGCAAGUACUGGAUUUAAUUGGUCAACCCUCAGAAUGACUUUGCUGAGCUGUAUCAUCAUUCAGAUACUCUGGGCUUUCUCUGCUAAGGGACAAGCACCGUGUAGCCUCACAAAACAGCAACUGGAGACCAAAAAUCUGCUUCUGUCCAAUGGCCAAAGACAUGCACAGCUGAUUCAGAGUGACCACACACUGGAAUUUAUGUGCAGUGAAGGAUAUACCCUCACCACCUCUUCAGUCAGGAAGUGUGUUAAUGGGCACAUGGAUUUACCUUUAUGUAUCUCUGAAAGAGGAAAAAACUGUAGCCGUCCACCUACUAUUGAGAAUGGAGACAUAACUACUUUCUUGGAAAAAGGAUACACAGCUGGCUCCUUUGUAGAAUUCAAAUGCCAAAAAUUUUAUGCAAUGGAAGGACAGAACAGAUCGUUUUGUGACAAUGGGAAUUGGACAAAAGCACCACUUUGUUUAGAGCCAUGUGCUAUCUCAGUGGAAGAAAUGGAAAACCAGAUGGUAGAGUUGAAUGGGAGAGCAAAUGAGACCAUAUUGCAAUGGAUGUACCUAAAACGUGGUGAUUUUCUUGAGCUUCGCUGCAAACCAGGAUAUGCACUUGCAACUAAUUUAUCUCAAUCUACUUUUAUGGUGCAGUGCCAUGGAAAUCCAAUUGUCUAUCCGGAAUGCAAAGAAAUUGUAUGUGAUCCUCCAGAAGUUGUUAAUGGUAGAUUCAGACCUCAAAGGAAUGUAUAUAGGGAUGGUGAUGUCCUUAUAAUUACGUGUAAUCGUGGAUUUCACACUAAUAAUGACCAAGAUACAGCUGAAUGCACAAAGAAUGGCUGGUUGCCUCCUCCAUGGUGUAGCAUGAGACUCUGUGACUACCCACAUAUAGAAAAUGGAGCAUUAACUGACUAUUAUGAACAUUACAAAGAACGAGCCUUUCCAGCACAGUUGGGCGUGUCAAUUUACUACAGAUGUCUUGAUGGUUACGUAUCUGAAAGAGAGGAGAGGUGGCCUCUGAUCAGAUGUACUAAAGCGGGCUGGUCUCCUGCGCCAAAAUGCCUUAAAAAGUGUUCUCCUGGUCAUUUGGAAAAUGGUAAAUUUAUAUUUAACUCUUGGACCACCUACAAAGAACGUGAUGAAAUUUCAUAUGUGUGUUUUCCCGAAAAUCUGCAGGCCAAAGUUACAUGCACAAAGAAUGGCUGGUCACCUACUCCAAGAUGUACCUCAACCAUUACACAGCAGCUGAAAGAAUUUCUCUCUCCAGUUUCUGGUCCUCCAGCUAUGGAUGCUCAGCAGACAGUGGAGCAGAUGGAAUAUUUAAUGCUUUCACUCAAUGCUUCAUUAUUGCCAGAUGAGGCUGCUGUUUCAGAAUUAUCUUCCCCUGUUCUAGACGAUUACAAAAAGUAUGAGGAAUUUAUGAAAAAGUUACUCAAGAUUAAUGAAAAUAAGAAGCCUGAAACAGAUAUUUUUAACCAGCACCUCAGGAUCAUUGAGGCCAUUAACCAGUUAUUUAAACUGGCUAUAUCUGAGAUGCCCGAUUCUCGACUGCUCAGCUCCUACGUGUUGGUACCAAGAACAUCGAGAUCGCCUGACCUUCACCUGGUACCAACGCUUUCACCUCAGAGCCCUCCAGGCACUCCACCAUUCCAGAAUGUAACAUGUGGCGCUCCACCUGAAGUUACCAAUGCUAUUAUUAUCAAUAAUGAGGAGGGAAGGUAUCUGCCUGGUGCUAGAGUGCAAUAUAAAUGUCAGGAAGGAUUUGAAAGUAUGGGAUUGAAUGAUGUAACUUGUGAAGAUGGAGAAUGGUCACAACCACCAACUUGCCAAGAUGUAACAUGUGGCGCUCCACCUGAAGUUACCAAUGCUACUAUUGUCAAUAAUGAGGAGGGAAGGUAUCUGCCUGGUGCUAGAGUGCAAUAUAAAUGUCAGGAAGGAUUUGAAAGUAUGGGAUUGAAUGAUGUAACUUGUGAAGAUGGAGAAUGGUCACAACCACCAACUUGCCAAGAUGUAACAUGUGGCGCUCCACCUGAAGUUACCAAUGCUACUAUUGUCAAUAAUGAGGAGGGAAGGUAUCUGCCUGGUGCUAGAGUGCAAUAUAAAUGUCAGGAAGGAUUUGAAAGUAUGGGAUUGAAUGAUGUAACUUGUGAAGAUGGAGAAUGGUCACAACCACCAACUUGCCAAGAUAUGAGAUGUGCACCUCCACCUGAGAUUCAUGAUGGUAGGAUUCGAGGUGCUAAGCAGCAAAGGUAUUUGCCUGGUGAUAUAGUGCGUUAUCAAUGUUCGCAAGGUCUGAGCCUUUUUGGGUUUCCGACGGUAAAAUGUAAGGAAGGGAAGUGGUCCGUGUCACCAGUAUGCAAAGAGGCUGCUGGAAAGUGUGGGUACCCACCGGCUGUUGAUAAUGGAGACAUCAUGGUCUUUCCACAGGAAGAAUAUGAACCAGGUUCAAAAGUGGAAUACAAAUGUCAACAUUUUUAUAGAAUGAAUGGAUCUGCAUCUGUUAGCUGUGAGUCUGGCCAAUGGACAGACCCACCAGUUUGCUUAGAGCCAUGUACAACAUCCCCAGAAGUGAUGGAGAAAAACAACAUUAGGCUGAGAUGGAGGACGGAAAUGAAAUUGUAUUCAGAAGGUGGAGAUUUUAUUGAAUUUGACUGUAAAAAUGGAUAUGCGAGCAAUCCACCUUCUUCUGUAUUUAGAGUACAGUGUGUGGAGGGGAAAUUGGCAUAUCCUAAAUGUAAGAGAAUCGUGCCAGUAUGUGAACAGCCGCCUGAUGUUGAUUUUGGAGAAAUUAUUAGUGGCGAGAAAUCGCAAUAUGUGGAGAGCGACUCAGUGCAGUAUGGCUGCUAUCCUGGGUACACGCUGGCAGGAUCUGAAUGGAUAACGUGUUAUGGGAGAAACUGGAUGCCACCGCCAAAAUGUUUGGCCACAGGAAAGAAAUGUGGACGUCCACCUGAUGUUGCUAAUGGAGAUAUAACUACUUUUUCCCAAAAAGAGUAUGCCUCAGGCUUUUCUGUGGAAUACAAAUGCCAAAAGUUUUAUUCAGUGAAAGGGCAAAAUAAACCUUUCUGUAACAAUGGAAACUGGACAGAAACACCAAUUUGUGAGGAUGUGUUAGGAAAGUGUGGCCCCCCACCUUCUAGUCAAAAUGGAGACAUCAUUUCUGACCUAUUGCCAGUGUAUGCAGCAGGCUCUUCAGUGGAAUACAAAUGUCAAAGUUUUCAUGGAAUGACGGGAUCCAAAAUAAUUACAUGCCACUUAGGAAAAUGGACAGCCCCACCAGUAUGCUCAGAUAUGAGAUGUGCACCUCCACCAGAGAUUUAUGAUGGUAGGAUUCUAGGUGCUAAGCAGCAAAGAUAUUUGCCUGGUGACAGGAUGCAUUAUCAAUGUGGGCGAGGUCUGAGCUUUAUUGGAUCUCUGACUGUAACAUGUGAGGAAGGGAAGUGGUCCCAAAUGCCAGAAUGCAAAGCUCCUAAAGUCAAGUCCUUGCUGGAUCUCGUCACUGUUAGCAAGCUCCAUGUUGGAGAAAGAUUUAAUGAUCUCUUCGAGUUACUGGGAAACCUUCUAUCCAUGAGGGCCACCAACACAACCACAACCAGCUGCUUAAGUGCCCUGGCCCAUAAACUCCUAAUCCCAUCCCCUCCAAAUCAGUGCCAGUGGCGUUGUGACCUGGCGCACAGGAUCAAAGUGCUGAUCAGGUCAGGACCAGUCAAAAAACAAUCUGGCCACAGCCCAGAGUUAUGUAUAACAUCCCCAGAAGAUAUGGAGAAAAACAAUAUUGGGCUGAAAUGGAGCUUGGAAUUUAGACUGAAUUUAGAAAGUGGAGACUUUGUUGAAUUUGGCUGUAAAAAUGGAUAUGUGAGGGAUCCAACAUCUUCUGCAUUUAGAGUAAAGUGUGUGGAGGGGAAAUUGGCAUAUCCUAAGUGUAAGAGAAGAGAUGCAGAGGAAGAGAAAGAGUAUCUCUCCACCACAGGUGGAGCCAUUCUUUCUGGAGUUCUGGAAGGUCCUGCAGUAUCCUGCACUGGCAUUGAGCUGAUAGAUAUAACUGGAUCUGAGGCCAAAUGCUUCCUAGUAGAGGCCAGGAACAGUGGCUCUGGCUAG